GAGGUACAAUAUGCGAAAACAAUGGUCACGUGAAGAAAUUAUGGAACUAAUACAACUUUACGAAGCAAACGAAUGCUUGUGGAACACAAAAUGUUCCGGUUAUAGAGAUAGGACAAAGAAACAUAAGGUUUUGGAAGAAAUAGGACUGAAGUUUUCGUGUUCGCAAGAAGAAGUUCAGAGGAAACUUCACAAUUUAAGAAAUCAGGUAUCACAAGAGCUGAAGAAAAUUAAGCAGAGAAGAAGCCGAAGUGGGGCAGGUGACAAUUGCAAAAGCAAGUGGCCUUAUUUCGAUGCGCUGAAGUUUGUAAUUCCAGGUUUGGCUGCCUGUGUUUCCAAACAAAGCAAUUUGGCGGAAACAAGUUCACAGCCUGUAAUAUUAUGGAAAGUCGAAAGCACUGGCACUUCGGAACAGACUACCGAGGACGUAACAGAGAGACAGGGCAUUGUUGAAGACCCGACCCGCGAGAAAAGUUCAAGGAAAAGGAAACAUGAAGAAAGCGACGACCUGGUGGCAAGAGCUGCACUCAAGGUGUUAGCGAAAGGGGUACCUGACGAAUAUGAGAUUUUUGGAGAGUAUGUAGCCUCUGAAUUACGCUCACUGCGCUCAGAUAGUGUCAGAAGAAAGCUGAAAAAUGAAAUUAGGAAAGCUAUAAUCCGUGCAGCUGACGCCGAUGAAGAGUCCUACACGAGCGCUAGCACUUCCUGAGUCCGAAUAUGUGUCCAUCACCACCGCAGAACACCAAACUAUGUAUCCUCAUCUCGUGCAUUAAAUUCUAAGACACAAAAUUAAGUCUGUGACCAUAGUAUCUUAGGCCACAGAAUGUUUUAAAAUAGAACAGUUCCCGCAACGAUCAGGUAUUAAGGUCGUAUUGUAGUAAUCUUCAGAUUCGCUGCUGGUAAAUAAAUAAAGAUGUCUUUCUCAUAUAAUGCGUAA